GCUGGCUUCCCCAAGGCGCAGUACACCCUCGGGAUGAUGUACCUGGAGGGCUCCGGCGUCGGGCGCGACGAGCGCCAGGCUGCGAUGUGGCUGGGCUUCGCGGCGAAGCAAGGCAACCCCGAGGCGAGCAACAACCUGGCGACGCUGCACGCCCAGAGCGGGGAGGUGGAGCGGGCGGUCGAGAUAUGGGCGGCCCUCGCAGAG